AGAGACUUGUUUGGACGUCUUUCGAAACUCUCUCGCCCAUUUCACACAGCGUGGAGCUUUAAAUCGCCUAUGUUGUUUUCAUUUCUGAUUUUAAUUGUUUUUAAAUUUUAAUUAUGCCAAAUUAGCUAUUCGGGUAGGGGGGGGAAUGACCGUAAGACGUUCUAAAUGUGGGAGAAUCGUCGUCGAAACGCGGAAAAGCGCAAUUUCCGGUUUGACCACAGACGACGUUGUGGCUGUUACUUUCCAUUGCUCUAUGACUACUUAACUACUGUGAAACAUUUUCUGUUGAACUUUGUGUGGGGAAAUUGACUCGUCGUAAUGCUUAAGUUGUCAUUGCAACAGGUUCGGGGCUGAGCAGCCCGUGAUGUAAUGAAAUGAAGAUAGAUGAGAAGGUCGUCUCUUAUUUUGAAUCAAGCGACUCACCUGUGGACAAGGAAGGCUAUCUCUUUAAGAAGGGUGACAUCAGGCCUUCCUAUCACAAGCGUUGGUUUGUUCUAAAGGGGAACCUCCUCUUCUACAAGGACCACCCGGAUGACCGUGACCUCAUCGGAGUCAUUGUUCUGGAGGGCUGCACCGUCCAGCUGUGCGAGUCCGAGGAGCAGUUCGCCUUUUCGCUGGUGUGGAGCGAGCUGGGCCUGCGGCCCUACAAGUUCGCCGCCGAGGACCAGGCCGGCCAGGAGAGCUGGAUCAAGGCCCUGCUCUCGGCCAACCACGGCUACUUGUCUCUGCUGGUGAUGGACCUGGAGAAGAAAUACAAAGAAACAUUAGAGGCUUUGUUCAUUGACCCAGCCAACGGCGGCGCCACCCCGAAUGCGGAUCGUCAACUGAGCCCACAGUUGUCCACAUUGACCCGGAACCCAGCAGGAGCUGUGGCUGCAGGCCCCAUCCCGAGCUCCAUGCCGACUCUCAAAACUCCGCCCGCUCCCCUCAAAUCCACCGUUAGACGGUCGCCCAAGCUGUGGCCCAAGAGGACCGCAAACGUGACGCCCAUUACCGGCCCUGCCCCGGCCACGGGGGACUGGUCGGCAGUGUGUUCUGGCAACUGGGAGGAAUUCAGCAAAUUGCACGAUGAUUUUGGAAAGGAAGUCAAGGACCUGAUCGCCGAUUGGUCAAGAAGCAAACGAACCAGCCAAGUGACUCUGAACGAAAACUUGAUAGAUUUGAGUGGUUUUGAGUAAACUGGUCCGAUAGAAUUUUCCAGAUCUCAUUUCAACAAUAUGUCCUUUCAAUGCAGUGUUAUCAUUUGAAAACAAAUUCAUAUGUGUAUAUACAGUUAAGCCCGAAACGAUUCAUAACCUGGAGUUAAAUCGAGGGGUUAUGUACUGAAUAUGUAUCCUCUGGAUGUAAAAGGAAAUCUAAGUGGCAAAAGUUUAAGAUGUUAUGUUAAGUGUCGCUGUCUCAGCUCCGUCAACAGGUGAGAUGUUUUCUGACUGGUACUUGACAGACCGUGAAAACUCAAAACAAAAAAGAAAAACAAUAUCCGUCCCAUAAUCAUGACAAAUUAGAGUGACGCUUCAAAGUGCAAAGAAAUGACGUUUCACUCUCAUUCCGCUUGCCGAGGGCGCCGAUCGAAGAUUCAAGAUCAGAACUUUGUUUCUCCUUCCCCGUAGCUAACAUUCAACGUUUGAAACGCUCUUAACGGAACGAUGAAUACAAAUGCAACGACUGUCUAUAGGUAAAAGCGAAGAAUGUUUACCUUCGAUCUGUCAUGUUCAUGAUUUUGAGGUUCAGGACCUUUAGUUCCUUAAAGCUCUUGUCUGUCACCAAGUCUCGGAGUGGACCUUUAGUACCUCUGAUUUUGAUCAUCGUAAGACGGGAUUUGUUUCUGAAGAUUUAUGACUUGGACGUAAUGUUCUAAGCGUGUCAUCUCUACUAUUCGUUUUCCUAUGUGACAUUGUUUGCAAAAGUUGAUCAAAGUUUUAUGAAUACAGAAUACAUGUCAUUUACAUGAAGAGAUAUUAUUUCAAAAAUAUGUAUAUAUUUUGGAUUAUUAUUAUUAUUUUUUAUUUUUUUUUACAAUUUUACAUUUUUUGUUACUUUUUCUAAAUAUAAACUGUUUAAAAUGUAUAGUCGAUAAGAAUGCUUUAGAUUAUGCUCCAAGUUACCAGCAUUGUGAAAAUAUUGAAUUUUUGUCAUAACUAUCACUUAGCACCACUCCCUAAGACACUUUCUUGUGUCAUUCACCAAAUAAAA